GCAAAUCAAAACAUCUAUGCAAGCAAUCCGCACAACAACUCGACGCGUUCCACAACAACUCAAUCGCAUUAGCAAGCCAAUCACCACACGCACACUUUCCACAUCACCAGGCCACAAUGUCUCUCUUCCCACGCUUCACGCAAGAAUUCGCGCCCAUCUUCCGUCUCUUCGACGAAUACGACCGCCAAGCCUUCCGCGACCUGGACCGCCAGUUCAAAAGCGUGCGGUCCUUCACGCCCAAAUUCGACGUCAAAGAGACCAAGGAAACCUACGAACUCCACGGCGAACUCCCCGGCAUUGAGCAAAAGGACAUCAACAUUGAGUGGACCGACAACAACACGCUGUCCAUCUCCGGGCGACACGAGCAUCGCCGCGAAGAAGGCGAGCGGCCACAGGGCUUCAUCGAGGGCGGCGAGGAACAGAAGAAGAUUGAUUCCUCACACCAGCCGCGCGUCGAGGAUGAGAAUGCCGAGACGGGCGUGACGAAGACAUCUGACCAGAAGGAGGUCGGCAAGCAGAACGACGCCGAGAAGCCUAGGUAUUGGGUUAGCGAACGCAGCGUUGGUGAGUUCCAUCGCUCGUUUGCGUUCCCGGCGCGUGUGGACCAGGAUGGCGUCAAGGCGAGCCUGAAGAAUGGCAUUCUGAGCGUUGUGGUGCCCAAGCAGAGCGCACCGCAGGCAAGGAAGAUUAACAUCGAGUAGAUGACCAGGGUAGUGGAGAUUUGGAUGACGAUGACAUGGAAUCGACGGUAUGAGGGCAUAAGAUGUAUGAUGGCUUUCACUCCUUUUGGCAUAGCAUUGGUGGCAUUUGACGGAGUUGAGUGAGAUUUGGACGUUCCUUUUGUAAAUUAAUGGCAAUAACGGAGAUGUUUUAUUUGAA